CAUCUUUCAUCCCGCUUCAGUUUCAAUUCUCAUUUCUUCCCAGUUAUCGUCAGCAGACACAUAUAUUAUAUUCCCACCAUGGCAGACCCCACAGACGACAGCCACCCGACACAUCUCGAGCCGAGUCAAUUAGGCACAAAAGAAUACUGGGAGACAUUCUACGCGCGAACCCUCACGCACCUAUCGACAAAGCAACAACAACAACAACAACCCGCUACUACCCGUCCCCGGGGACCGAACCGACCCCGCGACGAUGGGCCUGACCAUGGUUCCGAAGACGACGACGAUGACGAUGACGACCCCGGCACAUCGUGGUUCUCCGAACACAACGCACCCGAAAAAGUCCUCGAGUUCCUCAGCAGCCACGAGUUCCCGCUGGCGCCCUGCCAUACCUUUCCCCCCAGGGGGAGGGCGGCGGAGGACAAGAAGACCACCGCGGGGCUCGCGGAUGAUGCAGAGCAGCGCCGCAGCCAGCCGAGCGUGCUGGAUCUGGGCACGGGGAAUGGAAGCAUGCUUGCGCUGCUGAGGCGGCGCGGCGGGUUCCGGGGGCGGAUGGUGGGGGUGGAUUAUUCGGGGCGGAGUGUGCAGUUGGCGCGGGAGUUGCAGAAGUUGAAGAUGCAUUCGGAUGAUGAUGAUCAUGAUGAUGGGGAGGAGAUCCGGUUCGAGGAGUGGGAUAUUCUCGGCUCGAAUGCGGAGUUGUUGGCCAGCACCGGCGCGGAUAAUAUCGACCCUGGUCGCCAACUCGACUGGUUCCCCUAUGACCAAGGCGGGUUUGAUAUCGUGCUUGACAAGGGGACGUUUGAUGCGAUUUCGCUCUCUGAUGAGACGGUUGGGACUGGCGCUGCCCGGGUUUGCGAGCGGUAUCCCGGGAUUGCGCGGCAGUUGGUGCGCAAGGGUGGGUUUUUGGUGGUGACCAGCUGCAAUUGGACCGAGGAGGAGCUGAUUCACUGGUUUACGGGGGGCGCGAGUGCUGGCGACGGGUUGGAUACGUUGGUUGUCUGGGGCAAGGUGGAAUAUCCUCGUUUCCGGUUCGGAGGGCAAGAAGGCCAGGGCGUUUGCACGGUGUGUUUUCAGCGGGUGGAGAAGUAGGAACCCUUUUUUUUUUAUUUUUAUAGUUCGAUCUUGUCGUGAUUCGUAUCUGCAUAGACAGCUCGGUCUUUGUUUCCUCCCC